CUUGCUCCCGGUAUCCGGGUAAGAUGGCGGGCGUAGACGAGUGUACGGUCACUGCUCCGUGGCUGGCGGUCUCUUUAACACACGUCGAGUAUCCUACAGGUGACUUCACAGGCCAGCUCCUCGCAUACUCCAGUCUCUUGCCAGUCUUCAUUCUCGUGGGCUUUGUAACACUCAUUGUUUUUAAGAGAGAAUUGCACACUAUAUCAUUCUUUGGGGGGCUGGUCCUCAAUGAGGGAGUAAACUGGUUAUUGAAGAACAUAUUUCAGGAGGCCAGACCGUGUCGAGGUAUGGAGCAGCCACCCAUCAUGCUAGGUGCUCAUGCCACCCUCACUACAGAGUAUGGGAUGCCCUCCAGUCACUCCCAGUUCAUCUGGUUUUUCUUUAUGUACUCUUUCCUCUUUCUUUAUUUUAGAAUGCAUCAAACUAACAAUGCCAGGUGUCUUGAGCUGCUGUGGAGACACGUUCUGUCUACCUGUUUGCUGAGUAUGUCGGCCUUCGUUUCAUACAGCAGAGUGUAUUUGCUGUACCACUCCUGGAGUCAAGUUAUACAUGGAGGGGUAGCAGGGAGUAUCAUGGCAGUAGCCUGGUUUAUCUUCACACAGGAGUUGCUGACUCCACUCUUUCCCAAGAUAGCAGCAUGGCCAAUUUCUGAGUUUUUCCUAAUCCGGGACACAAGCCUCAUUCCAAACAUUCAGUGGUUUGAGUACACAGUAACUCGAGCAGAAGCAAGAAACAGACAACGAAAACUGGGAACAAAACUGCAGUGAUUUUUCCAAAGUUCCUUGUUUUAACUUGGAAAGGACCACACACACUGGAAAACCUGGACUGACCAAUGAAGGAGGGGGGGUACCAUUUCACAAACGGACCAAAGGAAAUGCUGGGACUGACCUGCAGCCUGAAGGAGCCAAUGGGCUUUCUUCUGGUGCUUGCGCAGCUUGCUAAUCGCUCCCCGAUGCAUGUGUGACCGUGCAGGAGUCUGACUAUUUAAUAAAAAAAAAAAAAAAUGUUAUCAAACGCACGUUGGCAGUAAAACAUAGUGAAAGAAAAGUACUUUGCAGUGUGUAUCAGAAUUUAGGAGCAAAUGAAAAAUGGAACUGUCGGGUUGAUUUCAUUACUAUCAUGGCAUGAAAUUAGUAUUUUUUUUUAAUAGAAAGCAGAGUUGCAAGUAGCUUUUUUUUUUUUUUUUUUUUUUUUUUUUAGGGG